AUGCUGACCUUCUUAUUGAGACCUGUGGGCAUCCUGUACCUGUCUUCAGGGUUACUGGUAAUAGCUCAAUUUGGAGGAGACUUCUCACCCAGGAUGAAUCAAGUUUUCUUGACUCCCUCCCACAUGGUGAAUCGCAAUGUGGGUCUGAAAGUUGAAGGCUCAAGCUUCACACUAGAUGGCUCUCCUUUCGUGAUCAUAGCAGGUACUAUUCACUAUUUCCGGGUGCCCAGGGAGUACUGGAGGGACCGCUUGCUGAAGCUGAAGGCCUGUGGCUUCAACACCCUUACCACGCAUAUUCCCUGGAACCUUCAUGAGCCAAGAAAAGGAUGGUUUUAUUUUACUGCAAAUCUGGAUUUCAUGACUUUUAUAGCCAUGGCUUCGGAGGUGGGGCUGUGGGUCAUUCUGUGUCCAGGCCCCUAUAUUGGGAGCGACUUAGACCUUGGAGGCUUACCCAGCUGGUUACUCCAGGAUCCAAAAAUGAAGCUGCGAACAACUUACAGGGGCUUCACUAAAGCAGUGAAUCACUAUUUUGAUAAGAUAAUUCCCAAGAUUGUACAACUCCAGUAUGGAAAGGGAGGCCCCAUCAUUGCUCUGCAGGUUGAGAAUGAAUAUGGUUCAUAUCAUCAGGAUGGAAGAUACAUGUCAUAUAUUAAAAAGGCCCUGAUCACAAGAGGGAUCAAGGUGUUACUUAUGACUGCUGAUAAUGGAGAUGAACUGAAAAGAGGCCACUUAAAACGGGUACUUUCCACUGUCCACAUGAAACAUAUAAAGAAAGAAACUUACGAUACGCUCUUAUCAAUUCAGGGUCGCAGCCCCAUACUGAUGAUGGUAUAUACAGCAAGCUCUUUGGACGGAUGGGGCACUUCCCCCCAUUCUGUGGAUUCACAUUUGUUAAUGAGAGACGUGCAUGAAAUGUUCAACGCUAGUUUCUCCCUCAACUUCUACAUGUUCCAUGGUGGCACCAACUUCGGCUUCAUGGGUGGAUCUGCAUCUUUGGACCAUUACCUCCCUAUGAUCACAAGCUAUGAUUAUGGGGCACUGCUGACAGAGAACGGAGAACAUACAACUGAGUACCUUGCAUAUCAAGAGUUUUUUAGCUCUUCUUUGGGGAUUCCCAAGCCUCCCCACCGAGAUACUAUACCUAUGGCUAUAUAUAAGUCGGUGGUAACAGCAUACUACAUGUCACUAUGGGAUGUCAUGCCCUACUUGGAGGAGCCCAUCAGCUCUGUCAAGCCAAUCUGCAUGGAGAAGCUGUCCGUGAACCAGGGGAAUGGUCAGUCCUCUGGAUACAUACUUUAUGAGACUGUGGUCACCACCAGUGGCCUCCUCACCACGAAGGGUCAUGUUCAAGAUCGAGGUCAGGUGUUUUUGGAUGAGGAGUUUUUAGGGGUCCUGGACCAUUCCACUCAUCAGCUGACUAUUCCCAGGAAAAUGGUCUACAAGGAUAACCCAACACUGAGGAUCCUGGUGGAGAAUCAAGGCCGCCUUGCCUAUGGGCAGGAUAUCAAUAAGGAGAGAAAAGGUCUAAUUGGGGAUAUCUAUCUGAACAAUUUUCCUUUAAGAAAAUUUAAAAUCUAUAGCCUGGAUAUGAAAACUCAGUUUCUACAAAGGGACCUUCCUAACAUCUGGAAACCAGCCUCAUUCAAACAUCGGGGCCCUGCCUUCUUCCUUGGUAUCCUGCGAAUGGGUAAUUACCCCAGAGAUACCUUCAUAAAAAUGGAGGGCUGGACAAAAGGUGUAAUAUUCAUCAAUGGACGAAAUCUGGGACGCUACUGGAAUAUAGGUCCCCAGGAGACCCUCUACCUUCCAGGACCCUGGCUUCAUCCUGGAUCAAAUGAGAUCAUUGUGUUUGAGGAAUUUAAACCUGGCCUGGAGAUCCACUUCACAAACAUAUCUCAUCUAGCAUGGUAUAAACUGGCCCUGGGGUUAGCUGACAGGCUUCUUGGAAACUUGGGAGAGUGGGUCACCAUGAAGAUUCUGCCAAAAAAGCUCAAACAGGAGGACUACAUGCCUGUUCUGUUCUUCCAGGGGCAGGUUGAAGAGGUUGAGGACUGA